UUGCAGGAACUAAUGCAGCCAAAAUCUGGGGCCAAUGGAACAGCCGUUACUGAAUUCAUCCUGCUGGGCUUGGUGGACACACCGGAGUUGCUACCACUUGUCUUUGUGCUCUUCCUCUUUGCCUACCUGCUCACAGUGGGGGGCAACCUCAGCAUCCUGGCUGCCAUCUUGGUGGAGCCCAAACUCCACACCCCCAUGUACUUCUUCCUGGGGAACCUAUCAGUGCUGGACAUUGGGUGCAUCACUGUCACCGUUCCCUCAAUGUUGAGUCGCCUCUUUUCCCACAAGCGUGCAGUUCCCUAUGGAGCGUGCCUCACACAGCUUUUCUUCUUCCAUCAGUUGGCUGGUGUGGACUGCUUCCUGUUGACAGCCAUGGCCUAUGACCGGUUCCUGGCCAUCUGCCGGCCCCUCACCUACAGCGCCCGCAUGAGCCAUUCAGUCCAGUGGAUACUGGUGGCUGUGUCCUGGGCCUGUGCCCUCACCAAUGCACUGAUCCACACUAUUGCCCUAACUACACUCAACUUCUGUGGUCCCAAUGAGGUCAAUCACUUCUACUGUGACCUGCCACAGCUCUUCCAGCUCUCUUGCUCCAGCACCCAACUCAAUGAGCGGCUGCUCUUUGCUGCUGGUUUCAUAAUGGCA